CAUGUCAGCUCUCGUAGUCAACUUCGCAAAAAACCCAUUUUGGGGAAAAUAGAGAAAGAUUGGUGCGUUCCUUUCUUCAGAUCAAGUGGUCUGCAGAGGCUGCGGCCAUCACAGGCCUGUGACUCUGGGUGUGGGUCGCUCACUCCGACCAUUGAUGCCCCAUCGGGCCAUCGCUUGAAAGCGAAGUGAUGGCGAGACUCCGUCGUCAUCAUCGUCGUCAUCAUCACCAUCGUCUCUCUCUCUUGUGGACGACCUAGAAAACUUGAGCGACCAAUUGCAAUAAUGGUUGAGUUUUAUAUAAAUUUUGCGAAAUCUUUUGCUUUUUCUUUUUUAGUGAAAAAGAAGAAGCCUUCUUUGUUUGAUGGGUCUCUCCCGUUGUUUUGUUUAUACAUAGGUGAAUAAGACCAAUUUCGCUUUUCGCUCUCUCUCUCUCUCUCUCUCUCUCUGCAAAAACUCGGUUGUCCUAAAGAGCUCGGGCUGCUGCUUAUCUUUUGUAUACGUACAACUUCGCGCAGAGAAUUAUGUUCCCUUGGGGAUAAAGAUAGCUCGGAAAAAGAAGGAAAAGUUCGUGCUGUUUAAGAGUCAAGUUGAUGGGUGUAUCUGUGCUCUUUUGUUGUGGUUCUUGAGGGGAUUUCUUUGCCCCCUCCCUUGCUCUUGUUUUUUCAAGAUUCUGUGCAUUUCUGGGUGUUUUCUGCUCAUCUCCAGCCGAACAUCUCUGAGGUUUUGAUUCAUCACUGAAGAACUGGAAACAGUUGCGGCUGUUUCAUGGGCUAGAAGAUUUGUGUGCUCUGAUUAUGGGUUGUUUAAGAGGUUUCUCUUGUGCUGUUGUUGGCUGUUCGACUUUCCCUUUUCUGUUGAGACCAAGAGAAAGAUAGUUUGAGAGGUUUUGAAUUCUAUUGGGAAGUUGUUUUUAAAUUUUUCCUUCAAGGGAGGUGGAGCUGUAUCUCGUUUGGUCUGCCUAAUUUGUGCGUCCAGCGGUUGAGAAUUUUGAGUAAAAAAGUGGUUGCUGGGUUUAGUGGUGCUUCAAUAGUUUUGCUGAUAUUUGUUUGGAAAAGCAGCAGAGGGAAUUUGAGGUGGUUCAAUUGCUUGAGCAGGGACCCAGUUUUCUGGGUCGCUUCCAUUGCUUUACUCACCUGAUUCAGGACGGACUUUGUGCCGGAUGGGAAGUGAUGUUGUUGAAGUUGCAGAGAGACCAUAUCCUUCAUCUAUUAAGGUUCACCAUGCAAUGUGUGCAGAGCUUUUGAAAAUAGUUGACAAAGUUUCAAGCAUACUGCCAGAGAUUGAAGCAGCUCGACCUCGAUGCUCAGCUGGAAUAGAGGCCCUAUGCUUGUUAAACCGCGCAAUUGAGAAAGCCAAUCUACUUCUCCAGCAUUGCAGCGAGUCUAGUAAGCUCUACCUGGCAUUAACUGGGGAUGCAAUAGUUGCAAGGUGUGAAAGGUCAAGGAACAUGUUGGAGCAAAGUUUGGGCCAACUUCACAAUAUGGUUCCAGUAUUGUUGGCUAUAGAGAUAUCCAAGUUACUAGAUAACCUAAGAAGUGCGACAUUUAUCCUGGAACCAUCUGAAGAGGAUGCAGGAAAGGCGGUGCAUGACUUGAUUCGGCAGGGUCCUUCAGAAUCUGGUUCGACCGAAAAUUCGGAAAUAAAAGCUCUUCAAUUUGCAUCAUCAAAGCUUUUCAUUACUUCUCCAAAGUCAAUAUUGGUGGAAAGAAGAUCGAUCAAGAAGCUACUUGACAAAAUCGGUGAAAGUGAUCCAAAGAAGAAGAAGAUUCUACUUUAUCUUUCAUCUCUUCUGAAGAAGUAUGGGAAUUCUAUUGUGAGCGGGCAAACGAAGAGCGUCUGCAUGGAGAAUGAAGGAACAUAUUUGACGGCUGAUUCCCGCCAGAGUACAGUAUAUACAGCAACUGCUGAAGUGGCUGAGACUCCUUUACCAGGGCACCGUGAGGCUCAAGUUGAUGUUUUUGUUGACACAAUACUUCCUGAAGAAUUCAAAUGCCCGCUUUCUUCGAGAUUGAUGUAUGAACCGGUCGUGAUUGAUUCUGGACAGACAUUUGAAAGAAUGUGGAUCCAGAAGUGGUUUGAUGAAGGUAAUACUUUCUGUCCGAAAACAAAGAAGAAUCUGGCCCACCAGUUAUGGACCCCAAAUACUGCCUUAAAGGGACUAAUAUCACAGUGGUGUACAAGACACGGACUAGAAAUACCUGACCCUAUCAUACAGCGAGGAUCGGUACAUCACUUGGAUAAUUCUAGUACAUCGAUCGCUAGCCUAGGCAGUUCGCUGAAUGACCUACGUCUUCAAGUGGACUUCAGUAAUGUCUCACUUGGGUCCCUGGGGAGCAGCAAUAACUCUGAAUCUUCAUUUCGAAGAUUUGCAAAUGCAUUUAAUCCGGUGACCUUGCAUAGCAGAGACACGAAGCAAGACCAUUCUUACGGGAGUGUCGACGAGGAAUGUUUUGAUAUCUUUCCUAAACUAUCCGAACUCCCGUGGCAGUCUCAGUGCAAGGUGGUUGAAGAUUUCAAAAGCAAUUUGGAAUACAAUCACCAAUCUCUUCAUUUGGCAUCGACUGAGAAUUUCCUUGAACCGCUUGUACGAUUUCUGGGGGAAUCACGUGAUCUAGGUGAUGUAAAAGCUCAGAAGACCGCAUUGCAGUUGUUACUUACGUAUUUGAAAAAGAGCAGGUACGAAGUAAUGCAUGUCCAUCAGGACGGAUUUUCCAUGUUGGCUUCCUUUCUUGAUUCGGAAGUAGCUGAACAAGCCAUUGCCAUUGUGGAGAUUCUGUCUGCUCAGCCGGAUUGUAGACUGAAAGUAGUGAAUUCCGGCGCUAUUUCUUCUAUUUUGGAGACCCUCGACUGCGAGAUCAGAGACCUCCACGAGUCCGCCCUUAAAAUUCUUUACAACCUGUGCUUGAGUACUGAUCUCCGUCCAUAUGUUAUGCCCUGCAUCCCGAAGUUGGUCCCUUUUUUGAAGGAUAGUGAAUUAGCGAAAUAUGCUCUUCUUAUCGUCAGAAACUUGUGCGACAUUGAGGAGGCAAGGAUCUCCAUCACCGAGACCCUCGAGUGCAUCGCCUCUAUCGCCGAACUACUCGAGACUGGGAGCAAGGAAGAGCAAGAGCACGCUGUUGCUAUUUUUCUUUCUUUGUGCUCUCAACGCGUACAGUAUUGUCAGUUGGUACUGGAUGAGGGUUUUGCUGUCAUCCCAGCCCUCGUGAGCAUAUCCAUCAAUGGCACCGAGAGAUCGAAAGUAUGUGCUAUGGAAUUGCUCCGGCUCUUACGAGACGCGAAUGACAGCGAUGGUUGUGAUUUCUCGGACCUGGAUCCUCCUACGCACGGAGACCCCGGCUAUCACUGCCCGGAGACGAAACCAUCUUCCAGGACAUCUGGAUUCUUUGGACGGAAGCUCUCGAUAUUUUCUAAAAAGCCCGUUUCUGCCAUGCCACGGAAGACGAAAUGAAAUUCAUAAUCGGGUUAUUCCGUGACCUCAACUUUGAUUAUCUGACGGUCGUGAAGAACAUUACAUAUUCUCGGUGUGUUAAGGUUCUUCUUGUUCCUUUAAACUAGGAUAGAGCAACUUCUGUGGAUUGUCUCACUGCUAGACAUGGAUGUAGAUGGGAUUGAUUGAUCUUCACUCAGCUGGGGAAUUUUUGUUAGGCAGCUUAGGCUAGAUCAAUCCUUGAUGGGUACUGUGUAGGGCUGUAUGAUUUGUACAAAUGUGCAGUUUUUUUUUUUCUUUUCAUGUUCUUAUGAAUUGGAAGGGGCUCUUGUUUGUAAGCUUUGAAUGAACUCCCUGCUCGCAACUCAGUGAUUUUGGGCAUCUUAAGUGAGAGUACCGAUUCAGGUUGACGGAUAACAGCAUCUACUGAUGUUCGACA